AUGAGCGGCAUCGUCAACAGCUCUUCCGCACCCAUCGGCUCGUUUAUUGCCGAACCUGUCACCGCUCUGCACCGAUUAGACCCGCGAGUUAAGCAGCUGUGGCUGCUCAUGCUGGUGCUGCUGCCAGCACGGUCCGGCCUUGACCUGCGCCUGGCCCUCUGUGCCUUCCUCAUCGCCCUCACGCUGCUCGCCCUGCCCGCCUCCAUUGCGCGGGCGCAGCUGUGGCGCUCGCUGCUCUUCACGGCCUUCAUCUUCCUGGGUCUCGCCUUCAGCACCGACGGUGUGCCUGCCUUUGUGCAGCCGCGCCCGCUGCCCCUCGCCCUUGAGCCCCUCGCCCUCGCCUCCUCCUCUGUUGCUGCCUCCGCAUCGCCGGCACUGGGUCCAGUGGCGUCCAUGGCACCGCUGCUGCCCUCCACCUACCGCUACGUGCUGCUGCACGUCGGCCCGCUGCUGCUCACCCGCCGUGCCGCCAAGCUCGCUGCCAUGGCCGCCUCACUCUCCUUCAUUGUGCUGCACGCGGCAGCGGUGAGUCUCAUCACAACGAGCCCCGAGGCCAUGGCGGGGGCGCUGCGGUGGGGCAUGCGGCCACUGAAGGCGGUGGGCGUGGGCGUGGAGGCGGCCAUCUUGACGCUGCUGCUGUCACUGCGCUUCCUGGGGCUCGUCUUCGAUGAGCUGCGCUCGCUGGCGCUCGGCACCGUGGCACGCGGUAUCCACUGGAGCAAGCUGCCGCCCCUCGCCAUGCUCGACCUGGUGCUGUCGCUAGCGGGGCGUCUUUUCCAGAACCUCUUCACGCACGCCGACCAGAUCUCACAGGCCAUGAUAGCACGGGGGUAUUCAGGAGACCCCACCACGCACCGCCUCUACUUCCUCGGCCACUUUGCUCUGCACGCCCGCGACUGGGCCGCACUGCUGCUGCUUGCUGCCAUCGUUGUGGCUGCUGCCUUCUCUGGCCUGUCAAACUACAUAUGA